GCCCGCAGAAGUGCUGGCGUGCGGCGACGUGACCGGCCGCGCCGCGUGGGUGCCCGAGGGAGCCAACGAGGGAGCGGGCGGGCCGGCGGGCGGGCCGGCGGGCGAAGGACGCGACCGGGCCCAGGGCCUCGCGGGACUCCGGCCUCGCCGCCGCGUCACGCACACGCUCGCCGCCGCCGCCGGAGCCGCACAUAACGGCUUCAGAUUACUGGAAGAGAAGUAGAUUCUAGGAGAAAUACCACCUGUUAUAUUCAAAUACUCAUUUAUACUCAAAGUAAUAUAAAGAGCACAAUCCUAACAGCACAGCUAUUUGUCAAUUUAAUCCAGCCACUCCGUAUCUUCAGAUUCUGGAAUAAGAUACUCGAUUUGAACGGCCUUUCGAAAUUCAUCUGCCCUUAAGAUGCCACCGGCAGUUGGAGGUCCAGUGGGAUACACCCCCCCCGAUGGAGGCUGGGGGUGGGCAGUGGUAUUUGGAGCUUUCAUUUCCAUCGGCUUCUCGUACGCAUUUCCCAAGUCUAUUACUGUGUUCUUCAAAGAAAUUGAAGAAAUAUUCCAUGCCACCAGCAGUGAAGUGUCAUGGAUAUCCUCCAUCAUGCUGGCUGUCAUGUAUGGUGCAGGUCCUAUCAGCAGUAUCCUCGUGAAUAAAUAUGGCAGUCGUCCAGUCGUGAUCAUUGGUGGAUGCUUGUCAGGCAGUGGCCUGAUUGCAGCUUCGUUCUCUAACAGUGUUCAGGGGCUUUACUUUUGUAUUGGAGUCAUUGGAGGUCUUGGGCUUGCCUUCAACUUGAAUCCAGCUCUGACCAUGAUUGGCAAGUAUUUCUACAAGAAGCGGCCGUUGGCAAAUGGGCUGGCCAUGGCAGGCAGCCCUGUGUUCCUCUCCACCCUGGCCCCCCUCAAUCAGGCUUUCUUCAGCAUCUUUGGCUGGAGAGGAAGUUUCCUCAUUCUUGGAGGCUUACUGCUGAACUGCUGUGUGGCUGGAUCGCUGAUGCGGCCCAUAGGGCCGCCCCCAGGCGGUGCGGAGAAGUACCAGCCUGCAGAGACCACUCAGGAAGCUGGGAAGUCUGGUGAUGCAAACACAGAGCUCAUUGGAGAAGCCCCCAAAAAGGAGAAAAAGUCAGUAUUGCAAACAAUUAAUCAAUUCCUGGACUUUUCCUUGUUCACUCACAGAGGCUUUUUGAUAUACCUCUCCGGAAACGUGGUCAUGUUUUUUGGACUGUUUGCUCCUUUGGUCUUUCUCAGUAAUUAUGGCAAGAGUAGGCAUUACUCUAACGAGAAGUCUGCCUUCCUUCUUUCCAUUCUGGCUUUCGUUGACAUGUUUGCCAGACCAUCUAUGGGACUUUUAGCCAACACGAGGUGGGUAAGACCUCGAGUCCAAUAUUUUUUUGCUGCUUCUGUCAUUGCAAAUGGAGUGUGUCAUAUGGUAGCACCGCUGACCACCAGCUACGUUGGGCUCUGUAUUUAUGCUGGAGUUUUUGGGUUUGCAUUUGGGUGGCUCAGCUCAGUAUUGUUUGAAACACUGAUGGACCUCGUUGGACCCCAGAAGUUCUCCAGUGCUGUGGGACUGGUGACCAUUGUGGAGUGCUGUCCUGUCCUCCUCGGGCCACCACUUUUAGGUCGACUCAAUGACAUUUACGGAGACUACAAAUAUACGUACUGGGCCUGUGGCAUAGUUCUCAUUUUCGCAGGCAUCUAUCUGUUCAUCGGCAUGGGCAUCAAUUAUCGACUGACUGACAGAAGAAAAUCGGCGCAGCAGAAAGAGGAAGAGGCCGGUGUAGAGCGUGAGAUGCCAAAAGCAGUUACCAGCAAAGCAGAAUCGCUGGAGCCAAAAAGCACCGAAGAAAGCGCCAAAGAGGAGGAGAGUCCCGUCUGAGCCGUGGGGCUGCAGGGUACACGGAGCAGCUUGUGGCCCAAGAUCUCGGAAGAUGUCCCCGGCCUGUAACCUCCAGUGGUGCUCACCGCAGACAGUGGACAUUUGUGUGGAAAUCCUACCAGGUGUUCCUUGAUGGAAUUUUUGUUUCACUCCUUACCAUUACCCAAAUUUAAAACGCCAUAUCCUGUGGGGAGGGAGUGGUUGGCAAAGAAUGAAGGGAAGAAGUCGGGUAUGUUUUCGUUUUGUUUUUUUAAUCUUAGCUUUUAACAGUGUCAUGAAGAUUAUAAUAUGUGCCUUAAGUUUUAGUCUUUAGAAUCUUUAAGGAGCCUUAACUUUACAAACCACUCUGCUGAAUUCAUCUAUUUGAAGUGUUCCAUUAAAAAAAAAAAAUACCUUGAUGGAAGCAAAUCUAAAAUUUAAAACUAAUCUUGCUUUAGUGUUAUUUGCAACAUAUUGUCAUACAUUAUCACUGAAAGACUGAGUAGAAAUCUUGGCUGAAAGUUGGGGGUUUUUUAAAAUCCUGACUGAAAUAUUUUCCUAGCGUCAGUAUUUGCCUGGCAUGUGUGCCUGCCUGCUAUACACAUAGGAAACUUAAGGCAUAAAAUUUUGGAAAUACCUUGUCUGUUCUAGACACAUUGCACUCAUCAACACCCCAUCUGGUUUCUUUCCUUAGGAUGUUUAUUACUCCUUUUCAAAGAUACAUUUUGAGUACUUAUAGAUCAUUGUCCCUUUUGAGAUCACUUAGUAUUCUUUUUUUACUGUAAAAGUUAGUAUUAAAAUAUGCAAGACUAUCGGUUUGUGCCUCCUUAGUAAAUCCAACAUCUCUAAUUAAGUGUAGACACAUAUUUCAAACAGCAGCUGGACUCAGCUUAGGCUUUCCUAGAACCUCAGUUAAACCAUGAGACUUAGGAUCUUUUUGUUAUUGUUUCCCCCCUUCGAUUCAUAGUGGUUUCAUUCAUAUCUAUGUGUAGCUCAGAGCUGUGUCUGCGAUUCUCGUUCUUUGUGUGCUUAGUUGUUUGUUGUUGUUGUUGUUUCAUGUUUGUUGGUUAAAAGGAGCCAAAGAGAUUUGGCCCCAGGCAAACAUAUAAGGAUAAGAUUGGGAGGGAUGUUGCUGAGUGUUUUUAAUUCAAUAAAUAACUCCUUUUUUUUUUCUCUGAGAAGUUUAAAGAAAAUUAUGUUUUGGUUAGAAUUAUUGGACACAUUCGUAAGACACAUUUUCUCCACAUAAACCUAAAAAUUUUGUGACUCAUUUCACCUGUUUGAAAAGUAAAGAAAUGGAUUUAGUAUAAGGACAGAAGGGAAGACGGACCAGAAUGAAAAUGAAAUAUUUUUAACCCAGUAUCUUAAAUGGAGGUAGGACGAUGACAGACAUUCAGUGGCUUAUAUAUUGUAUUAAAUGUAUUUUAAAAUAUUGUUGUAAUUGACAGAGUGAAAGAAUAGAUAAAAAGCCUUGUAUUAGAGGCUAACUUUUCCAAAUAAACUUUUUCCCCCGCUUUUUUUUUUUUUUAGAAAUAUUUCUUCCUUCAAAUGUUUUAUUUGAGGAAAGCAUUACUGUCUUUGUUUUCAUUAUUAAGAUACCAUUUGGCCCUUGCUAAUAUUAAAUUAAAUCAUUUGGCUUAUGUGCUUUGA